GAGGUGGCCCUCGGGGUUAUUGCAUGAGACUACAGGUAAACAGUAAACAAUUCAAAGGAGGACUAACAUUGCUUACUUUCUUCCCAAUAAACCCAGUGUGCCAGAAGAGAGAGAAAUACUGAUAAUGCAUCUUACUUUUUGAGGAAUCAUUCAUGGUGAAUUAAAAGGUUGGGGAAUUCUGUAUCCUGGAUCAGUGGCUGCAAGGAUUCAUCUGAUGUAUUUCAGUGAGAGACAUGUAAUGCAAAUCCUAAUGUCGAUGCAAACAACACGGUACUUAGUCUGGAGCCCAGUAACAUGACUUAUUACUUUUAAAAUUAUAGAUUGAAAAACAAACAAAUGUUUUUCGUGGAAAAUGAAAAAGGGAAAAGCACAACAACCUUGUUGCAUAAAUAUGCAUGCCCUUAAAAAAAUGCUUUGUUACAUCACCUUUCUACAUUUAUUCCAGAAUCCACCCAACAGUAUUUGCUCGCUAUUCAGAUCAUCCCACAGAUGUUCGAUCAAAUUAAAUUGUGGACCAUCCCAAAACCUUAAAGAUAAAUCGUCCUUGGAUGAUCUAAUCAUUCCGAAGGACUCGUCUGCAGCUUUUACACCGGAGCGAGACAAAGGUGACGAAGCGGACGAGUGGGUAGACAACGCCAUUACAAGCAUGGGUGUGGGCAAGAACACCACCUCCAAGCCCGUGGACAGUGGGAGCGAGGGAGGCAAAUACGAAGACGACAACAAACAUGGAGCUGACUUCUACCCCAUUCCGGUGGUGGUCAAUGGAGUGGGCGGAGCCAGUGGGGACCAGGAUACAGAGAACACUGAGCUGAUGGCCAUCUACACAAAAGAUGUUCAACGAGCAGAAAAGAGCUCACUGUCAGAGACGUUGGACAGCUCAGACAGCACUGAUCCGAGGAGAAUGGACAUGAUCUAUAUCAUUGAAGACACUCCGCCAUGGUACCUGUGUGUUUUUUUAGGCCUACAGCACUAUUUAACAUGUUUCAGUGGAACUAUAGCAGUGCCAUUCCUCCUCGCCGAAGCAAUGUGUGUCGGCUUUGACCAGUGGGCCACAAGCCAGCUCAUAGGGACCAUUUUCUUUUGUGUGGGGAUCACAACACUCCUACAGACCACGCUCGGCUGCAGGUUGCCUUUGUUCCAGGCCAGCGCUUUUGCCUUCCUUGCCCCAGCCAGAGCCAUUCUGUCUCUGGACAAAUGGAAGUGUAACAACACGGCGAUAUUCGAGACAAACAGCACAGAGAUUCUCCACACAGAGCACAUCUGGCAUCCCAGGAUACGAGAAAUCCAAGGGGCGAUCAUUGUGUCGUCCCUGGUGGAGGUGUGUAUCGGCGCGCUGGGUCUACCCGGGCUCCUGUUGAAGUAUAUCGGACCUCUGACCAUCACCCCCACCGUGGCCCUCAUCGGCCUCUCUGGUUUCCAGGCGGCAGGGGAGAGGGCAGGAAAACACUGGGGCAUAGCUAUGCUGACUAUUUUCCUGGUGCUACUUUUCUCCCAAUAUGCCCGAAAUGUCCACUUCCCAUUGCCGGUGUACAAAGCAAAGAAAGGCUGGACUUCUUACAGGCUGCAGGUGUUCAAAAUGUUCCCAAUCAUCAUGGCCAUUCUGGUUUCAUGGCUGCUUUGCUUCAUCUUCACGGUGUCAGACGUCUUCCCACCUGAAAAGGACAAAUAUGGCUACUAUGCCCGCACGGAUGCACGUCAAGGGAUCCUCUUGGCUGCACCUUGGUUCAAGAUCCCCUACCCCUUCCAGUGGGGCCUCCCUAGUGUAACGGCCGCAGGCGUCAUCGGCAUGAUGAGCGCCGUAGUAGCCAGCAUAAUCGAGUCCAUCGGGGACUAUUAUGCCUGCGCCCGUCUGUCGUGCGCCCCUCCUCCUCCCAUCCACGCCAUCAAUAGGGGCAUAUUUAUUGAGGGCAUUUCCUGUGUCCUGGAUGGUCUUUUUGGGACAGGAAAUGGUUCCACAUCCUCCAGUCCAAAUAUUGGUGUCCUUGGAAUAACAAAGGUGGGCAGCAGGCGUGUGAUCCAGUACGGAGCCGCCAUGAUGCUGCUGCUGGGCCUCGUGGGUAAAUUCAGCGCCCUGUUCGCCUCCCUGCCGGACCCCGUGCUGGGGGCUCUUUUCUGCACCUUGUUCGGCAUGAUCACGGCGGUGGGGCUGUCCAACCUGCAGUUCAUCGACCUCAACUCUUCCAGGAACCUUUUUGUUCUGGGUUUCUCCAUCUUCUUUGGCCUGAUGCUGCCAAGUUACCUCAAACAAAACCCGCUGGUCACAGGCAUUGUUGGGAUUGACCAAGUGUUAAACGUUCUCCUCACCACCGCCAUGUUUGUCGGAGGCUCAGUUGCUUUCAUUUUGGACAAUACUAUUCCAGGUUCUCCUGAGGAGCGAGGUAUCAGGAAGCUGAAGCGCGGCUCGGGUCCCAGCGCUGCGGAGCUGGAAGGCAUGCGGUCCUAUGACCUGCCUUUUGGAAUGGACUUCAUCCGCAGGCAUCCCAUCUUCAAGUACCUCCCAAUUAGCCCCACCUUCGCCGGCUACCAGUGGGGGAGGCUGCAGGAAACCUGCAGGAGCAAUGGCAGACACAUGGAUGUGGACAAGGGAGGAAGCGAGGUAGUGGGUUCCCACGGCGAGAGUGCAGCGUAGCCAUCGAGAUAGUGUGUGAAUUGGAGGAGCAAGGGACGGUACACUGAGAGAAAAGGGCGCAGCGCAGGAUUGGCGAGCGUGUGGAUAACACGUGAAGCACUGACCUCUGUCCGUCUGUCUGUUUUCUUUUGUUGUUUCCCACUAUGCUAUUUUAAGCAUGCUGCAAGCCGCAGCCAGCGUGCUCCAGAAGAUGUUAACCACAUGGCAUCUGCUUGGUGUGUUUGCAUGUGUACUCCAUAUGCAACGUAAUGGCUACGUGCAUUGAUUGACACUGUCACUUUAAUCCACACGGGCAUACAAUUAUGACACAAAAAGUCUGCCAAUUGAGAAUUAUGCAAAAAAAAAAGGUCACAAUGACUUGAUGCCAUGUAUGCAACCAUAUGCACACACACCAACAGCCCUACCAAAAUUAGCUUAGUCCUACAGCUCUUAGAAGCAUGUCUGUUCAGGUCCGAUUCAUCAGGGGCCCUCGGCCCGGCGCAGUGAUUGUGAUUGUUUUUGUUGCUGCCUCCUUAGUUGUGAAUGUCACUCCACGCUUGGCUCGGAAAAACCCUACAGAGGAAAACAGGCUUAUUUUCCGCAAAACUAGUUUCACGGUCUCACAGUUUACAUGUCACUACGGUUGUCAGUAUUAGCAUCUAUCUUAGCAUCUACACAAAGGGAUCAUUUGGCAACAGUUCGAAGGGACUUUUCACGUGUGUCUUCCUGGCGUCAUCUUCACUUCCGCUGCCUGUGUUCGCCCAUGUAAAAAGAUGUACAGUAAACUAUAAGGACGGUUGUUGCUCAGUUCUAAAGGUUCUGGGGUUAGCUAUUUAAAUCCGGGUCGUGGCCUUCUCAUGUGGACUUUUGUAUAAUCGCGUCCUGUUUGUGCGGGUUGUCUAUGGGUGAACCAGGUUCCCUCUACUUUCAACAACUUUACUUAAUCAAAGACUUGAAAUUGUCAUUAGGUGUGAAAGUGAUUGUGAAUGGUUCUUUGUGUAUUUGUAGUUUGUACACUGUGCGCUAUGGCUAGCACCUAGUCCGGAUUGUACCAUGCCUCUCGUUCAAAGCCAGCUGGGUUUGGCAGAAAACGGAAGAAAUACAUAUGUUUUGUAUCGUAACGCAUAGCUAAAUCUAUUUCCGUAAUGCCAUAUUCCGUUUCUGCUUUAUAGUUAAACUCAAGCUCUGUAGAAGUAGAAUCAAUGUUCUAAACUACUCUUUUAAUGCCACUGUCAAAUUAAGCAGAAUAAUCCUGCCCAGAGUGGUCUCUCCAUUUGCCUCGAUGGCUUCACUCCGUUAGCCUCAACGGCUUCAAGACAGAAUUGACACUGUUUUUAUUGCCUAAAGCUUUUCUUUUUUGAAAAAAGAAAAAGAAAAUAUCUUAAAAACGUCAUGUGCCAGGGAAAAAAAAGGUAAAAACAUUCUUUAAGUCAUCGUCAAAAAUAUUUUAAGGGACACAUGAAGCCAUCGCUGAUUAAAAUUUGCUACUGACCAAUGUAAUUAACCCCCCUCCGCCCCAUCUUCUCACAUAAGCAAAUACAAAUAGCAGAUGUGAAGAUGACUCCAGCAAGAGCCAGACAUCCCAUUCUCUGGCGGCUUCUUCUUAAAGCAAUUCCGUACUGUACCUGGUCUACAUGGCCUUCUCAGAGACGGGUCAUAAGCGUUGAUCCUGCACAUCUGCACAGGUCUUUUGACUGUUUGCUGGGCUCUCUGAUCCUCUGUGUGGAUCCUCUGUUCCUUGUUUACAGGGUCACGAUACAGCCCAGCCACGUAUCCACUUGCCCACUGAGAACGGCGUGAACUACUGUAGUUUUGGAUUGGGCAACUGUAACAAAACUGUAACGACACAAGAACUUGUGUAUGUUGCGUUUUCUGGCUCGAUUGAAUCGUCUGUUGCUAAUGCCCUCAACAUUUUUCAUUCAUGCAGUCUCCAUUUUCAUGCAGCUUGUGAUAAUAGCAACACAAGGUAGCACAAUUACACUAAAUUACUUGAAAAGUGCGUGAUAUUGUAUACUGUUGAUUUUUUUUUUUUUUGCGAAACCAAAAGGUUUUUUCUGCUUUUAAAUUUUGUUACCAAAAAAAAAAAACGGAAAGCAAAAUACAUUUUCCAUAAAAACUACCCAAUAUUUUCUCACCUUCAUAUGACCUUUAUGUCUUAAUCAAAGCUAAUGCUUUAUUUAUGGAAGGAAUGUUAUUGUGCAAAGUUCUUCCAUAGAAGACGUCAACUGCCCUGAUCGCUGUUAAGAAUAAAUGAAUCACGCCAGAUGUCUCAGCCUUUUUACGAUUCCGUUACAUUUCAUGGUGCCAAGAAUAUUACGUUUACCUUACAAUGCUUUCAGAAUGGGCCUGAAGACUGGCAAAUGAACCACAUCAUACUGUCGGGCCUUAACUCUAACUGUCUGACUGUUAGUAGCCUCUCAUGUGCAGAAACAUGAAUGGCAUUUUGUUGUGCUUAUUUUUCCCCCCUCCAAUUUAUUUGUUCCCGACUUGUAUCUUUCACUUUCACAUCCUAUUAUAACAGCAUUUCGCAAACCUUUGUUCGGAAAAUGUUAUGGCACAUACACACACAAACGACAAAAAAGGUAGACCAGCUGAAAUAAUGAUGAUCCUGUCUGUUUCUUUCCAAAUAUACUGUACUUUGGUGAAAUGUGGACCUGUUUAAUUGAAUACAAAACUAUUACAGUGGUGCCUUGAAAUACUCAACUCAAAACGCUCAUGUCACAAAUCAGCUUUCCCCAUUGAAAUGAAUGCGGGAGGACCAACCACAAAAAAGUCAUGUUUUUAAUAUAAAAAAUGGCACUUUAUAAUAUUGUACUCUGUAAAAAUAUAUUAAUUCUAUAAUUAAUUAGAAUGUUAAGAAACAUUCUAAAGGUUUGUCACUUUUUUUGAUUUUGGUUGUUUGUUUGUUUUAUUUUUUGCUUGAAUUCAAUCGGCAUUGUGCUGCUCCUACUGGUGUUUAUGUCUUGUACAGACAUACAGAUGGCACUAAAUGAAGAUGUUCUCAGCUUCUAAACGAGCCACGGUAAUGUUAAAUGUUCUUCACAGAGGAUAAAGAAUAUAUUUCCUAUUGUAUGUUUGCAUUCAACAAGGGGACUUUAAAAUUGGAUAAUUUCCCAUGGUACACCGGAUGAUCCCUCACUUCACAAUGAUUACAAAUCAUUCCAUUGUACGAGUAAUAUCAGUUUAUAUCAUUUCAGUUUCAAAACAUGUACAAUCUACUUAGUUUCACUCAAUGAAUGAAAUUCUUAACCGGCAUUUACUUAGAAUCAUCCAUUUUUUAAAAAGCUUUCGUAUGCUUGACUACAGUGUCAUGCACACAACAUGCAAGCAGUCAUAUUUACAUUCAUGCAAAUGACACUUAUCUCAAGCACGCAGACACACCUUCCUGUGCUGUCCUGCAAGUGAGUCCUCUUGUUCGGUGUACCUGUUUUCCUCCCUGGAGAGGCUGACUGUCAAAGUUUAUGGCCGCAGCAGAAAACAAACGACCUGGUCCCCUUAUUACGAGCUGACCGAAGCUGCGGUUGUCACGGAAACCGACUUUAUCAAAACAUAGUUCCAUGUGCAUCAACCUAACUUCACUUGGAUUUGAUCACAUAACUCAGUCAAAAAAUAACCUGUACAAAACUGGACCUCCUCCAUUGACAUGUUUACUGGUUUAGUGACAAAGCAGUGUAUGGUUCUUAAUAAGAUGGCCAGAAGCACACAAUGACAUCUGUUGCUUUUGAUUAUUGUGAAGGGGGUACAUGUACAAUAAUCUUUCGGUGUACUACCUGUUCUAUAUUUGUGACUGGUUUUUAUUUUUAUUUUUUGUUUCCUUUUAAAAUUGCUUCCCUUUGUUAACACACUGGCAAACAGCUCAGGGUGUACCCCCGCCUACUGCCCGAUGACACCUGGGAUAGGAGGCUGGAGCAUGCCCGCGACCCUCGUGAGGAACAGUGGUUCGGAUAAUGGAUGGAUUGUUAAGAAAUACAAAAAAUCAAAUGACGAGGCAAACUUAGAAAAUAGAGUAUAUGUAUAUUGAACUUGCUUCUGGGAAGAGAAAUUGUGAAAACUAAGUGUGUCCUGUUCCUUAUUCGGCAGCAGGUGUCAUGCGUUCACUUCUGCCGCCUGCACACCUGCUGCCUAUUUGCCAGUGAUUGCACCUGCUAUAUCUAGGCGCUCCGGCGGUCGACUCAUUACCGGAGCAAUGCAUGCCGUGCCACUGCUAUUGCCUAUGAUUACACAUAUUGUUCGACACCAUUCGCGGUUGGUUAUAUUAUCGUCGUCCCACGGGAAGCAUUAUCUUAGCGUACGUGAAUCAGUACUCGUUUAACAUAUUUUCCUUGCCGUUGUUUUGCAAGCGUUUUCUGUUGUCUCAUUUCCUUAUUUCAAGAUGCUCGUUUUUACCAGCGCUUUCUGUUGUCGCGUUUCCUUAUUUCCUGGUGCUCGUUUUUACCAGCGCUUUCUGUUGUCGCGUUCCUUAUUUCCUGGCUGUCGUUCUGUGACCAGCGUUUUCUGUUGUUUAUUAGGCGGGAUUUUUGUUUAUUAUAAAUAUUCUUGUUUUAUAAAGUCCUUGUCGGUGUCUGCUAUUUCGGGGAACCGUUUGUUUUCGUUUUCUCCGUUACAUACGAAAGCAGUUCUCUUUUCCUGCUUCGUGCCUAACGUGACAAAUUGUAGCAACAAAAAUGGUUGAUUAUUUGUUUUUCUAAUACUAUUUAAUAAGAAAUCACAGAAUGUAUGAUGAUGUCCUAAUUUUAUACUAAAAUAUAAAUCUAUGUGCAGACCUCUGCUUUCAUAUACUCAAAUCUACAGUCUUUCAACUCAUUAGGAUCAUGUUAUUAAUUCAUGACUGACCAAUCAAUGGAAAUUUUAUGUUACUAUGCUGAUGAGGUAGUUUUGAAACCUUACAAAAAUUUAUGGGCCCGUUUUCAACAACUCACCUCCUGUCAAUGAAUAAAAAUCAUACAGUAUGUCAAAUAUUA